AUGACAAUCAACGAUCGAGGAAAAGAGGCUUCCACGUCGAAUAGCCAUGGCGCGAAUACUCGAAACCUACCGCCGCUGUAUGACCACUGUAUUGACGACCUCCCGCCCGUCAAGGUGAUAUGCAUCGGUGCCGGGUUCUCGGGCGUCUUGACCGCCAUCAGAUUCCCCCAACGAGUGUCCAAUCUAGAUCUGGUCGUCUAUGAGAAGAACCCGGAGGUGGGAGGGACUUGGUACGAGAACAAUUAUCCAGGCGUACGUUGCGACGUACCGUCGGCGGCAUAUCAAUUUUCAUUCGAGAGCAAUACGCAAUGGAGUGAAUAUUAUUGCACCGGCGGGGAAAUCCAGCAAUACAUCAAGCGAACCGCCCACAAAUACGGCGCGUACAAAUACAUCAAGUUCAACACCGAGUUGAUCGGCGCUACCUGGGACGAGGAUGAGGGAAAGUGGCACGUCAGCCUGAGGGAUGUCGAGACGGGAAAGUCAUUUGGAGAUUCGUGUCACUUCCUCAUCACCGCCACUGGCAUUCUCAACAACUGGAAAUGGCCAGAUAUCGAAGGACGCGAGAGCUUUGAGGGCAGAAUGGUCCACUCUGCCCGAUGGGAUCCGACCCUAACUAGUGAGACGAUGAAAGACCUUGACAUUGCUUUAAUCGGAGCCGGGUCAACGGGGAUCCAGAUCCUCCCUCAGAUUCAGCCUGUGGCGAAGCGCGUGGACCAUUAUAUGAGCAGCAAGACCUGGAUUUCUCCGAUUGGGUUUGGAAGUGAAGAGCUCCAAGCUCGAGGGGCGACAGGCAAUUUCAAACAUUCUCCUGAAGAACUGGAGCUAUUUCGCAAAGACCCCCAGGCCUACUUGGAAUGGCGGACCAAGAUCGAAAAGAUGGUCAACGCCGCGGCACUAAUCACAUUACACGACUCACCUGUGCAAAAGGAGUUCAUGACGAUCAACCGCGAGGCCAUGGCGAAGAAGUUGGCGAAAAAGCCACACAUUAUGGAAGCCCUGGAGCCGAACUGGCCGCCCGGGUGCCGUCGUCUGACGCCCGGACCAGGCUACCUCGAGGCCCUCGUAGAGGACAAUGUGGACUUUAUCUCCACCAAGAUCAAGCGGUUUACCAAGAACGGGAUCGAGACGGUGGACGGCAAGGAACGCAAGGUUGACCUGGUCAUCUGUGCCACAGGAUUCGAUACAUCGCUGAAGCAGCCUAUGCCUAUCAUCGGCAGGAACGGUGCCAACCUCAACGACAUCUGGCGUGAUGACCCAGUGUCGUAUCUGGGAAUUUUCCCCCCGGAGAUGCCCAACAUGAUGCGCUUUAUCGGGCCCAACGGCGCCUGCGGGACGGGCGGACUUUUACUCGUCAUCGAGUACGCGUGCGAGUAUAUGAUCAAGAUGGUCCAAAAGGCUCAACGCGAAUACAUCAAGGCCGUGGUCCCUAAACCAGAGGCGAUCCGCAUGUUCGUCGAACACACCGACGCCUACUUCACCAAGACCAUCUACACACAGCCCUGCAAGUCGUGGAUGAAGCGUGGCAAGGAAAACGGACGCAUCGUGACCAUCUGGCCCGGUUCGGCCAUUCACAUUGUCAAGUCCUACGAGAACCCGCGCUGGGAGGACUUUGACUACGAGUACUGCUCCGAGACAAAGCACAAUCACCUGUCCUGGUUGGGGAACGGGUUGACCGUCUUACAAGAGCAGGACAACCACACGGCCGACUACCUGGUUAAUGUGGAUCAGCCGCCUGUCGUCAACCAUGAUGCUGAUUCUGAUACGGGAGCGGCGGUGCGGGAUAGAAUACGGAUAGAUGGGGUGUAG